AUGAAUAAUCGACUUGGCGUAUUCUCAGCGAGACAAGUGGGACGAAAAACUUUAGCGAGCGGCUCUUCUGCUUACACUAGUUUAUUGUCUUCAACAACUGCAAGUACUACUGCUAGUACUACUCUCUCAUAUAAUGUUGCAAAGACGAAAGCAAGUGCUUUAAAGGUUGCUGCUUCAUGGGCAGCUACACAAAAAAGGUGGCGAGCUACAGCUGUCAAUCCCCCACAACCAUCUCCAGCUUAUUCACCAUCACCAUCAAUAAUACGACAUAAUGUGAUUCCACUGGCAGAACCACUCACAGAAACACCACCUGAAUUUGAUAAAUCUUUUAUUGGGCUGUCAGGCGGUGAAAUAUUUCAUGAAAUGAUGUUACGUCACGGCGUUAAACAUAUAUUUGGAUAUCCAGGUGGAGCAAUUCUACCCGUGUUCGAUGCCAUAUACAAUUCAAAACAUUUUGAGUUUGUGCUACCGCGACAUGAACAAGGUGCUGGUCAUAUGGCUCAAGGAUAUGCGAGAGUUAGUGGAAAACCCGGUGUAGUUUUAGUGACUUCAGGACCAGGAGCUACGAAUUCUGUCACUCCAAUGCAGGAUUCUUUAUCGGAUGGGACACCCUUGAUCGUGUUUUGCGGUCAAGUACCUACUUCGGCUAUUGGAACCGACGCAUUCCAAGAAGCUGAUGUGGUAGGAAUUAGUCGAGCUUGUACAAAGUGGAAUGUAAUGGUGAAAAAUAUUAGCGAACUCCCCCGUCGUAUCACUGAAGCAUUUGAAAUAGCAACAACAGGCAGACCAGGUCCUGUUUUAGUCGAUUUACCAAAAGACGUAACGGCAGCAAUUCUCAACAAAGCUAUACCAACACGAUAUACUCUCCCAUUUCGAGCAUUUAAUGAUCUAUCAGGCGCGACACCAAGCUUGGAUAGCCCUAUUAAGGAUUACAACGAUCCUCUCAUACGCCGCGCCGCAGAAAUGAUAAAUAAGGCCAAAAAGCCAAUAAUCUAUGCUGGGCAAGGCGUAUUAGCGACGGCAGAAGGACCGCAAAGAUUGCGAGAACUAGCAUCUCGUGCAAACAUACCGGUUACUACUACUUUGCAAGGAUUGGGUGGUUUUGAUGAAUUGGAUCCCCGUAGUCUUCACAUGCUGGGUAUGCAUGGAUCAGCGUAUGCUAAUUUGGCAAUGCAACAAGCUGAUGUGAUCAUUGCCCUGGGUGCAAGAUUUGAUGAUCGUGUGACUGGACAUUUGAAUCAUUUUGCCCCAGAAGCAAAAAAGGCGUCUUCAGAAAAUCGAGGUGGUAUAAUUCACUUUGAUAUAAGUCCCAAAAAUAUUAAUAAGGUGGUUCAAGCAAAUACCGCCAUUUCAGGUGACGUGGGAUAUAACUUGGGGAUUUUAUUGCCGCAUAUCGAAUUCGUUGAAAGGAAAGAAUGGUUCGCUAAAAUCGACGAAUGGAAAUCCAAAUACCCAUGGUAUUACACAAAACCAAAAUCGAAAAAUGAUCGUCUAAAACCUCAGCAAAUAAUUGAAGAAUUGGAUAAACAAACACAAAACUAUAAAGAAAAAGUCAUAUUGACUACCGGCGUCGGACAACAUCAGAUGUGGGCUGCUCAAUUUUUCAGGUGGCGCCAUCCAAGAAGUAUGAUCACUUCAGGUGGAUUGGGAACUAUGGGGUACGGUCUUCCUUCGGCUAUUGGAGCAAAAGUCGCUAGUCCUGAUAAAGUUGUGAUAGAUAUUGAUGGUGAUGCUAGUUUUUGUAUGACGGGUAUGGAGUUGGCGACAGCGGCACAAUAUAACAUUGGUGUGAAGGUUUUGAUACUAAAUAACGAUUUCCAAGGAAUGGUGAAACAAUGGCAGGAUCUGUUUUACGAAGAAAGGUAUAGCCAAACUAGAAUGGUGAAUCCGGAUUUUGUAAAGAUAGCAGAGGGCAUGCAUUGUAAAGCUAUACGUAUUCAGACCGAAGAAGAAAUUCCCGAAAAAAUUGCCGAAUUUCUGGAAUAUAAUGAUGGACCAAUUGUAUGUGAAGUCAUUGUGGAGAAACAUGAGCACGUAUAUCCAAUGGUACCAGCAGGAAAGGCUUUGCAUGAGUUUAUUGUACAUCCAGAUUUAAUCUCGUCAGAUAAUAAAAAAUAA